AGCCCCCCUCCUCCCCUCUCUCACCCCCCUCCCGCCCGUCCCCCGCCCCACGCGGAGAAAACCAAAUACAGAGCCCGAGUGCACGCGGAGGGAUGGCAGCGGCCGUGGACUGUGUUUACGACGCAGAGCGCACGUGAGCGGCGUCACCUCGGAAGACGGACGCCGCGCGCACCCGUGUCCUAAACGCACGCGCACGAUCCGCUAUCAUCUGCUCGCGAGCCCGCUCACAUCUGUCCGCUUCUUUUUACGUUCGGCUUCUUCGUUGUGUUUUUCCGGGGGGGGGAGCGGGGGGAUGGCGCAGAUGCAAGGAAGACCGUUUAGCGGACGAGGAGCGCGAGCGGACCGUGGAACCGGGGAGCCUCUCAUCCGUACCCUUUAAAUUCGACGCACGCGACGCCUGCGCGCUGAUACGGGGAUCUCGAGCGGCCCGGUAGCCCCCGGUAGCCCCCCGGUAGCCCCCCCCGGUCCAGUCGCCAAACCGGCGGCGGUGCACUUGCCAGGGGCGGGAGAACCCGAGAGCAUCCCUCCAUUCCCGCCCAGUCUUUCCUCCCCUCGCUCUCUCGCCCCCGGCGCAUGCCGGAGCUCUAGCGGGAUCUCGUCUGAAGUCAGGGACCAGGGGGGGAGAGGGGGAGAGGGGGGAGGAGGAGGGAGGCUGUCCGGCAGCGUGCGGAGGCAGUGUUUCGGAGGAUGCUGCGGGAGUAGAGAGCGGCCUCCGAGCGGAAGAUGGGGAAGGACCAGGAACUGCUGCAGGCGGUGAAGACCGAGGACCUGCUCACCGUGCAGAAGCUGCUGCAGAGGCCUCGGCCCGGGAAAGCAAAGCUCCUCGGCUCGGCAAAGAAAGUGAAUGUCAACUUCCAGGACACAGACGGGUUUUCUCCGCUGCAUCAUGCGUCUCUCAAUGGGAACCUGGAGCUCAUCACUCUGCUGCUGGAGUCACAGGCAGCUGUCGACAUCAGAGACCAGAAAGGUAUGCGGCCGCUGCACUACGCAGCAUGGCAGGGGAAGGCGGAGCCCAUGAAGAUGCUGCUGAAGUCCGGCUCGUCCGUCAACGGCCAAUCAGAUGAGGGGCAGAUUCCUCUCCACCUGGCGGCGCAGCACGGCCACUACGACGUGUCGGAGAUGCUGCUGCAGCACCAGUCCAACCCGUGCAUUGUGGACAACGCGGGUAAAACACCUCUGGACCUGGCCUGCGAGUUCGGCAGAGUCGGGGUGGUGCAGUUGUUGCUGUCCAGCAAUAUGUGUGCUGCCUUGCUGGAGCCCAAAAAAGGAGACACCAACGACCCCAACGGGACGUCUCCGCUCCACCUGGCCGCCAAGAAUGGACACAUAGACAUUAUCAGACUCUUGAUCCAGGCGGGAAUCGACAUCAACCGACAGACCAAAGCGGGCACUGCCCUGCACGAAGCCGCCCUGUGUGGAAAGACUGAGGCCGUGAGACUCCUGCUGGAGAGUGGCAUCAAUGCCACGGUGAGAAACACCUACAGCCAGACUGCACUCGACAUCGUAUACCAGUUCUCUGCAACACAGGCCAGCAGAGAGAUCAAACAACUGCUGAGGGAUGCAUCAGCGGCCCUCCAGGUUCGGGCUCUGAAGGAUUACUGCAACAACUACGACCUGACCAGCCUCAACAUCAAAGCAGGAGACGUCAUUACGGUUCUGGAGCAGCACCCCGACGGUCGCUGGAAAGGCUGUAUCCAUGACAACCGAACAGGAAAUGACCGCGUGGGCUACUUCCCUUCCACCAUGGUGGAGGUCAUCAGCAAGCGCACAGGUUUGGCCAGCACAGUCAUUUGCACCCAACAGUUUCAAAAGAUACCGCUGGUUCCUCCGACAACGGUUGCCCCUGCCAACGCGGUAGUCAACGGCAACGACACCACGUUCCAUCAGAUCCAUAUCCUGCCUCCACCGCCUCCUCCUCCACCACAUUCCCAUCAGCCACUGCUUCCACUUUUCACUUCCUUUGGCUAUAGCAAGUCGCCCGUGACAACCCCACUGGGAGACACACCCACUGCCCCAGGUUGUCGCGGCUCAGAGGCCAGUCCUCACAGCCCCCCCGCCGCGUGCUGCGGGCCCCACGGAGGCUCCAACGAAGAGAUCUGGGUUCUGCGCAAGUCAGUGGCAGGUGGAGACCGCAGCAGUCUGGGUAGCUCUGGCAGUGUGACCAGCGUGAGGUCGUCGGGCAGCGGUCAGAGCGCCGGCAGUACCGGGCACGUCCUUCAUGCGCAGGCUGAGGGGGUCAAGCUGCUCGCCACCGUCUUGUCCCAGUCUGCCAAAGCCAAGGAGCAUCUGCUGGAGCAGUCCAAGUCGGUGGACCAGCCUGCAGGCUCCGCCAGCUCCUCGAGGACAUCGAGCCAAUCGGGCUGUCCACUCCACGAGGCGCCGCCUUACGACGCCGCGGUGACCAGGAAGGGGGAGGGGCAAGCCGAGGGGAAGAGCUCAGAGGCCGUUGUCCAAUGGCUGAGCGACUUUCAGCUGCAGGUCUACGCACCAAACUUCCUGGGCGCUGGGUAUGACUUGCCCACCAUUAGCCGAAUGACCCCGGAGGAUCUGACGGCGAUCGGAAUCACCAAACCAGGUCACAGAAAGAAGAUGACGUCUGAGAUUAACAAACUAAGUGUCAGCGAGUGGCUGCCUGAGCACAAACCGGCCAAUCUGGCAGAGUGGCUGUCUGCCGUGGGUUUGAGCCAGUACCACCAGGUGUUGGUGCAGAACGGUUAUGAGAACAUCGAGUUCAUCACGGACAUCACUUGGGAGGACCUACAGGAAAUAGGCAUCAUCAAACUAGGCCACCAGAAGAAGCUGAUGCUGGCGGUGAAGCGGCUGGCCGAAAUGCAGCGCGGCUCCCUGAGAAAGAAGCCGCCGCCAAUCACACAGCAGCAGGACGUCAUGUCGGCGGACGGUCCGCCUCUAGACGAGGUCACGUCUCCAAAGUUGAGCACUUUCCAGGACAGCGAGUUGAGCACCGAGCUACAGAGCGCCAUGACCCAGCCGGGUCAGGAGGUCAAAGCUCAGCGAACGCGCAGCAGAGACCAGGAGGAGGUGACGGCAGGCGGAGGGGGAGGAGGCACUGCGCCACCUAAGAAGGAGGCGCGGACUAUGAGGCAGCAGAGCAGCCAGGGGAGUAACUCCUCCCACAGAGGGAGUGUCUCCUCUCAAGGCAAACACCGUCACCCCCACUCGCAGCCUGCCCCGCCCUACACGCCCCCUCACACUCCGACCAAGACCCGAACCUCAUCUUCCUCCUCCUCCACCUCCUCCGUCCAGAGCACAGCGUCCCCGCAGGCCAAACACAAGCCGUGCCCCCAGUUCAUCCAGGGGGAGAGGCCUCAGUCGCCGCGCUCCCAACCCCCUCAGUCCCCGACCCAACGCGGCCCGCCGGGUCCCCAGCAACAGCAGCCCGCCCCCCCCGAGGUGAUGGAGGAGCCGCCCCCGCGGGUCCCCCUCCUCUGCCUCCCACCGGAGGCGGAGCUGGCCGAGGGGGAAGGGGGGGAGUCUUCGGCGCUCCAGAACAAGCGCGGACACCGGACCGAUACGCUCGCCUCGGACGGUGAGUGUGACGAGAGGGCGGGGGGAGGAGAGGGGCGUGAGGGAGGGGGGGAGGCCGAGGUGGCGGGAGGUCCGGCCUGUGGCGCCGUGAGAGGGGACGGAGUCAAAUACGCGACGGUGACCCACCGCGUCAGCCGCAGCCACUCGGUGCGCAACCAGGACAAGACCCUCAACCGCUACCACACGCAGCCCUUUGCCCUGCGCCAGAAGAAGAAAGGGCCGCCCCCGCCGCCGCCCAAGCGCUCCAGCUCCGCCAUCUCCACCUCCAACUCCAACCUGACGGAGGCCAACGCGCAGCCGCACGAGCUCGCCACCACAGGGGGGAUGCUGGACGUUCCUUACCUCCAACAGCGGCGGGCCAGCGACCUGGGGAUGUCCGUGGGGGGCGGUUCCGUCGAGACGAGCAGCGUGGGUAGUGUGAGGAGCAUCGCCGCCAUGUUGGAGAUGUCUUCUAUUGGAGGCGGGGCCAAAGGCAUGCCGCUGCAAAAGAUCUUUCACCAGGUGGGGAAGACGCGCGACGCCAUCGGCCUGGACGGCGAAGUGGUGAACCGGCGGCGGACCAUUAGUGGCCCGGUCAGCGAGCUGGUGGCGGCUGCCAGGCGCGAACAGCCGACUCCCGUCCUUCCGUCUCCCGCCGUCCAGCCCGAAGACGCCCCUCUCCCGGAAAAUUGCUCCGCCCCCAACCCCCCGUCCUCGCCCCACCCCGGCUCGGCGGGCAGUUCGUCGGAGAACCUGCCGUUCGCGGACGAGGGAAGCCUGACCAUCCGGCGCCAGGGUCGAGGAGAAGGAGAAGGACAGUGUGUAUUUUGUGUUUGUCUGCAGGGGGACGCCGAGGGUCCCCAGGGAGACGGAGGCGCCGCGCAGGAGGACAUCUCCAGGGUCGAGGCCACGGCGACCUUCAAGCGACGGGCCCGCAGCUCCAAGCCCCACCCCAACGGCUCGGACUUCACCCUGCAGGAGUCGUCCACCGUCAAGCGGCGGCCCAAGAGCCGCGACAAGGAGCCCGAGGGCUACGCCGACCUGGCCGCCAACGGAGAGCCCCCGGGGGGCGGGCCGCCCAACACCACGCAACCCGCGCCCUACCAGAACGGCACGACCACGGUGAAGCGCCGCCCGCCGUCCGACACCGGAGUGACCGAGCAGCCGCAGCCGCAGCCGCAGGCGAGCGCAGCGCCGCGGCGGGACAGCGUGGACCAAGCAGCUCCGGUCGGGAAUGAAGGAGGUCCCGCGAGGAAACCGAAGCCCCCCGUCUCCCCCAAGCCUGUGGUGGCACAGAUAAAGAGACAGGCCGGCCCGCUGACUCCCCCGCACCCUGUCUCCAACAAGAGAGUCCCCCUGCCCGGCCCCGGGACGCCUGGGAGCCCAGUGGAAGGAAAGAAGAUUCCUCCACCUGUCUCGCCUAAGCCGGCGCCCCCGCCCACCGCACCCAAACCGGCCAAGCUCAUCCACUCCAUGACCAGCCCGUCCUCCCCGGGCCCGGCCCCGGUCCAACAGCACCCGGCCGUGGCCCGACAGACCAGCUCGCCGCCCUGCUUCCCUCCCUCCCACAUCCCCGGGCCGCCCAACGCCAAGCCGCUGAGCCCGUCCCCCCCGAGCCCCCGCACGCCGCAGACCCCCACCACACCACAGACGCCCGCCACCCCCAGCCCGACCCCGCCGCCUGUCAAGCCCCCCCGCUCCUCCAUUGGCGGGGUGUCGGUCGACAGCGGGAUGGCGGGAGGCGGAGUCACGGCGCCUGCUGCUACGACGCCGGAUCUUGAUGCGGAUUCGUUGGUGCAUCAGAAGCUGGAGGAGACGAGCGCGUCGCUGGCCGCGGCGCUGCAGGCUGUGGAGGAUAAGAUACUGCUGCACGAGGACUCCGUGGAUGAGCAGAAGACCACCGUUAGCAUCCUCGACGACAUCGGCAGCAUGUUCGAUGACCUGGCCGACCAGCUGGACGCCAUGUUGGAGUAGCCACCCUAAACCAGUCAGCGUGUCUCCAUGGCAACGCUGCACCUGACGACACAAGAGGCGACGCCUCCCCGCGUCUCUCUCUCUCCGUGUCUUCGCCUCUCUCUCUCUGCCAGGCUCAUUCCCCUUCACACUCCUCGCCCGUCCUCCUCUUGCUCCCCCGUCGCCGACCAUCCGGAUUCCGAUGGAGCGGCGGCGGCUCCGGCCUGGACAGACACGUGGCAGAGAGAGCGCCAGAACGAAGAAGUAAUAACGAGAGAGACAUUAAAAGAGAGAAGGUUAAAAACACGUAUGAUGAGGAGAGAAAAAUAUAAAAGUGAUGAAGAAAUGCAACAAAACGGACUGCAGAACUCUGAAGCUACGACGGUGAACAAAUAAAGUAAACUAGUACUGAUUGAAAAGCCAACUGUGUGACGAAUCAUAGUGUGGUACGUGUACAUUCUACGCAUGGAGAGUUUAUAUCUACUGAAAACAGUCCUGCAUUAGCACAGUAAUAUAUAUAUAUAAUAUGAAUCGCUUUGGUUUGGUGUUCUGUGUGGAAUGGUGACCUCUGGUGUUGUGACGAUGUAAAGGACUUGGUGCAAAGAUUUUUAAUUCGUGACCAAAACGAGAAUACUCAGCUCUGAGUGUGUGUGUGUGUGUGUGUGAGAGUAUGAGUGUGUGUGUGUGUGACAGACGUGUGUGCACGUGAGCUUGUCGGAAUCACAUUUCCAGUUCUGACAGCGUUCAUACACUCUGCUGCAUCCUAACCCCCCCCCCCCCCCCCCCCGUCCCCUCCAUGGACGCAGACCUACAGGAGAAGCACAAUGACCCACACAGCCGGCUCGCACACACACACACACACACACACACAGUGGGGAGCCCGCACAAUGUCAAUGUCAGAAGAAGCUGCAGCAGGUUGUACAGGAGGACUUUUAGGAUGUUUGGGGGGGGGGGGGGCUUUCAGCGAGGCGGGUGGGUGUUACAGUACGUUUUUUUCAUGAAGACAGGUCAAAGGUUGGCCUGGACGCAGGCAGUGUGUCCGCUGCACUGAGCUCGACCCCUCGACCCGGACCCUUCCUGAUCACUGCUGUGGUCUCAGAAAAGUACUAAAGCAACAAGCUCCAGGCCCCCACUCAGAAAGACGACUCCACCUUCGGGUGUAGUUCAAUGGGCGCAGAAGGGGAAUUAGUUUUUAAAGCAGGGAUUCGUGGACUCUGAUGCAGAUUACUGAUCCCGUAUCAGUGCAGACACACUACAACACACAACACUCGGAUGUCUUCCUCUUAUAGAAUACUAGAGGUCAGAUUGUGUUUGAACGAGUGAGUGAAUCGAAGUGACCGUGGAAACACUCGGGUCUGAUCGAGUGAAUCCUUUUGUUGUGGAUUCUACUUCUGACUGUUACCAGUAAGCUGAUAAAGUCCAGUACAGCUGCAUUCCUACUUUAAAUACGCUGCAUUCACAUGAGCCGCAUCUCUCCCAACGCUCUCCCAACCACCCCGCGUUGCCAUGACAAUCUACAUAUUUACCCUCAUCCUUCUCUAUUGGCGUCGCCAUGGUGACUGAGCAGUGCGUUGCCGUGACAAAAAUGGAAAAAUGUUAAAGGGUGCGGAUGGAGGAAAUCGGAGUUCUGCAGAGCUGGAGGCUUUGUGUUGGUGCAACAUUUAAAGGGGCACUCCAGGGUUUGUUUUAUCACACGUUAAGGGGCACGGUGGGGGUCAGGCUCCAGGAGAACAUACUACACUUCCCAUCAUGCAGUGAUGGAGGGCGGGCUCUCAGUUACAAAAUAACAACCCUGAUGACGUCACUAUAACGUUAGUAUUUGUUUCAGGUUUGACAGAACUAAUUAAAGGACAUUGUUAAAACCUUUUGCCCAGCUGAGUACUAACUAAGAUAAGUUAGUAAAAUGAGCGGAGUGACCCUUUAAAACCAACAAAAAAUUUACACUCGGCCUACGAAGACUGAAUCCAGGUUCUCCUCGUAUACAUGACCAAGAAUUCAGAGAACAGUUGUGGUAUUUAAACUAUGAUCACAUAGAGAUUAUAUAUAUGGAUAUUUGCAACAAAAAAAAAGAAAUGUAUUUAUGAUGUGUGUGUCAUCCUGAAGGCUAUUUUCAAAAGUAAACAGGUGUAACCUGAGUGUCGGUUUGCUUCUCCAUGCUACUGUGGUCCGAGCUGAUGAAUCAUUGUAGGAUACCAUGUCGGGAUGUUUCCAGGAUCCUUUUUUUGUUCUGCCUACAUGUGUCAGGUGUGGCUAUGUGUAUAAUACAAGCAAUUCCUGUUGUUGCGUUUUGUUCUUUUUUGUAUGAUUUCAGAUGCAAUGUUCUGUUUUUGUUUUGUUUUCUUUGAAACAUGUGCCUUGCUUUGUGAUUUUGGUCUGACUACAAUACAGUAGGUGGCGUAUAUAGAAUA